ACGGCGAGGCAGCAGCAGCAGCAGCAGCACGCGGACGCGCGCGCACAUCGAGUUUUUGCCGCUGUCGUACCUGCGUUGUGUUGUUAUACAUAAAAUCCGCGUAGAGUGCGAGGCACGGUACUGCAUAUCGAGUGCAGAUUACAGCAGCAGCAGAAUACAGACAGAGAGAGAGAGAAAAGGGAGAUGACGAGUGUGUGAGAGAGAAAUCUAACGAUGCGGAGAACGAGUGGCGUCGAGGCUGCGUCGACUGCUUUCUCGUCGACGUCGAGAAUCUACCCAAGGAUUGGCCCUGCUGCAACUCGCUAGAGACUUAACACUAAGCCCAUCGUCCGAUUUGUCGUCGUCGUCGUCGUCGUUUUUGUCCGGCGCAGCUCAAAGCAGCACAACUCUACGUACACACGGUACAGACUCGGGGCAAGCUGAUAUGUGGAGCUCGGUAACAGCGGCCGGCGUGGAAAACGGACCGGCGCCGCCGUCCCGCAGCAAGCACAGCGCCACUCUGCUGGCCGGCAAUGUUUAUCUGCUCGGCGGGCGCAAUGGCAAUUUGCCGCUCAAAGAUCUCUGGCGUUACAGUCUCGCCGAGAGCAGAUGGGAAGAGCUGCGUCCCACGGGAGAGAAGCCUCCGGCUUUGCAGGAGCACAGCACGGUCGCCUACAAGGACUGCCUCUACGUUUUCGGCGGGGAGCUCGGCUUUUCCGCGGGUACAGAGACGCCGCUCUGGUGCUACUCCAUCAAGACAAAUUCAUGGCGAAAAAUACGAGGUCAGAAGGGAUGCGCCGUACCGAGAGGCAGACGAGGCCACACCGCCCUCGUGCAUCGCGGACAGAUGCUAAUAUACGGCGGUUAUCAAGAUUUACGGGGCAGCUCGUCCGAGCUCUGGGCUUUUCAUUUCGAAACGGAAUCCUGGCACCUGCUGUCGUCGGCCGACGUCGGUCCGCCCGCCCGACACAAGCACUCGGCGGUUCUACACGGCGACUUCAUGUACAUCUACGGCGGAAUGACCGACCUGCAGGAGCGCAGCGACUGCUGGAGAUGGGACGCCAAGGCGGCCUCCUGGUGUCUGCUGCGUGCCAAAACCGGGCCGGGACCGCUUCACGGACACGCGGCCUGUCGUCUGCCCAGCUGCAUGCUGAUAUUCGGCGGCGAGAGCGGCGGCUCGGCGACCAAUGAACUCUGGAGGUUUCACUUUGGCACAGAGACUUGGGAGCGAUUGACGUUUCCAGGACCGAAGCCUCAACCCCGUGCCGAGAGCGUCGCGCUCACGAUUUCCGAGCUGCUGAUAAACAACAACGGGAUCAGUAGCAGCAACAGCAUCAGCAACUUCGCCACGAGCAACGGCUACUGUCGGCCCCGCACAAGGAACAAUCAGCGCAACGGCAGCUGCAGGUCAUUCGCUUACGGGCGCUCGAGUUCGCCCGAUCAAGCGCCACCUCAGCGUCCGAGCUUUCUGCGCGAGAUAUCCAAACUUUCGCAGAUCAAUUUGUCGCGCUUGAGCCAUCCCAACAAGUGCAGCUACUCGGUCCUGAGCGGACAGGACGAUCGAGAACUUGACAGUCCGUUCGAGGCAAACUCGUAUUUUCCUUUCCAACAGGUCGACAUGGAAGUGAUCGAGCCUGCCACGGGCAUGGUGAAGUCGCGAAGUUACAACGCACUGGCGAUGCAGGCACGUCGCAGACACCAUCAAGGCCGCCUGUCCGAUCAGCAAGCGCGCAACAGCAUGUUCGAGCCGCUGCUCGGUAACAUGGAGACCAACUUCGGCGGCAUGACGCGCGAGCCAAUAUCUGUGCCGAACUUUCGGGCAUUGGCGCUGCCGACACCGGUGCUGACGCCCAUCGAAGCGGCCAGAUUGGUUUUCGUCGAUCCGGACGAGGAUACGGACGACGACGACAACGAGGACGCCAAGAAAAAUGCCUCGUCCAACAGACUCAUCGAAGUGCCCGAGGAGGAUAGAAGCGACUUUGCAUCUUUGCACCAAUCUCAUCAACCGCCACGAGGAGAAAGCUACAGUUCAAAUCUUUGCGAUGCGGCUCAAACACCGAAAACACCCUGUACCAGAUUGCCGCACUCGACGUCCGUACGUUUUGCCGAUCUCGAGGAAGGCGAGGAGUCGACUUCUGACUAUGCCAGCAUAGGCGCUCGCAGUCCCGGUGAUCCCUUGGCCGAAGAUGACUGGCCAAAACGGAACUCGAAAAGUUUCCGUAAUUCACAAAACUUCAAAGACAACCAACUGAGCUUUUCGAACCCGAACUACCUGGGCUUGGAAAAUACGUCGGAGCUCUCGGAUCAAGACGUGAGAUACGCCAAAAUGCUGAACAGUCCACCGGACAGCGUUCUCGAGGACGAGCCGGGUCGAUCGACAUCGCAGACCUUCUCCGACCUGCUGGAGAUGCAGGAGCUGGGCACGAGCACGAGACCGAGAGCUCCGCCCAAGAGUCUGCCUCUCGGUUCGCCGUCCCGUCGGGCCGUGAGCGCGUCGAGGGCCGAGCGUCAACGAGCCAAACUGGCCGCUUCCGAGCGCAACGAGCGCAACUCACCGUCACCGGCGCCCCUCUACGUCUUCCUCAUCGGUGGCAAAGAAAAGGGCCAGGUCACCGUAUUCGCCAGACCCGUGUCGCUUUGGAAGCUGCAGCUCGCACCACAUAUCUUUUAAAGACGAAGCUUAAUUCUUUCUCUUGAACUCGUUGUUCGAAGGGAAAUGAAAUAUUAGUAUAGUGUAAUCGAAAAACUAUACGAAAUUAAGUAUUAUUGGUUGUUACUAUACUAUAUGAGUAUAUCGCGUAGCUAGGAUACAUAAUUUAUAAGAAUGGCUUAACCGGUGAAUCUUUAUAACCUUUCAAAUCUCAUUUCUCUUGGGUUAUCGAAACAAUAAGAAAAUUUUACGUUUAAUUAAGUUGUAAAAUUUGCUUGAUCAACAACCUUUAUUGCUUAGAAGAUUUAUAAUAUUUCAUAUUAAAUUGGCAGGGAUCAGGUGCAAUCUUAAUAAUGUGAAACAGUACAAAUCCAUUAUUAAAAAUUGAAAUUUCUUCAGAUUUCAGUUCUCCCAUUCAAUCGGUAUUAGAAUGGAAAAAUCGCGUGAUUGACGAAUAAUAAAUAAAAAUACGAAUAAAAUCUAUACCAUAUCGAAAAUAAAAAAUGUUAACAAAAAUGUAAAUUUGAUUGUAAGCGGCAAUGUGUCGAUCGUUUCGUCCAAUAAUGACUGUGCUAUCAAUGACCGUUGCGUAAAAACGCGACAACGUGAAACGUCCCAAUUAUAUGAUAGGUGAUUAUUAUACUUCCUUAGCAUGUAAUCAACAAACAAUGUACGAGGUACAUGAACGCAUGAAUCAGUUUUGUACACAAGCAUGUCUCUGCGGCGAUUUAGUUUUUUUAGCAAUUUAGUCGAUGUACUGCUACAGAAUAAGAAAAAAAUUAUAAUAAUCGUAGAAAAUUGUAGAAUACGAUAGUGCCAAGAACAUCAUAGAUAGCACUAAUAUAAUUCAACGAAAAAUUGUAGCUUUGAUUUGUCACGUACGAUCAUUCUCAAAUUUUCGUACCAAAUUAGAGCAAUUUUGUAGCGCAUCGAAAAAUAGUAUACAUCGAUGUUCAUAUAAUCAUCAAUUAGCUAAAAAUUAAAUUAAACUAAAUUAGCUAAAAAUUGUCAGUAAUUUAUUAAAAUGAACGAUUAACUGAACAUAAAUCGCUAAUAGCACAUAAACUAGAAAAGAGUGACAUUAAAAAAGGCUGAAGAGAUGACUAAGAAAAGUAGCGUAGAUACAAGAGAAUUAUAUAGAUAUUCGUAACGAAAAAAAGUAUGCAUAAUAACAGUUGUGUAUUGUGUGAAAUGAUAUAUAAAUACAAUAUGUAAAGUUAUAAAUCACUUGAGAAUUUUAAAGUGCAAACGCAAUCGUUCAAUGCGAAAAUCGUAUUUUAAUAUGAAAAAAUUGACGAAGAAAAAAAACUAAGAGUAAAAAAUAUUUUAAUUUGAUUGAAAAAAUUUCGGAACCACAGAAACAUAAAUUUUGUAAAACGAUAAUUGGUUUGCGACUCACUGUAAAACAUCAAUUCGCCUCAGUUCAAACAUGAAUAUCACCAGACCAAAAACUGCUGAAAAAAGUUCCAUACCAUGUAGUUCAUUGGUGCAGUUUCCAACGAGCCAGUAGAGCAUCGAAUUGUCGCCAAUUUGCGUAAGUCUUAGUGAAAUCGAUACAAUUUUAGAGGAUCUUUUCUACUUCUCCGUACGCGAAUGAGACUAUUUGUAUCAGAUGCGAGGCCUUGAGAGUACUUACAGAAAACUAAAAGACUGUAAAAACAGAAUACAUUUAUUACCUUUAUUUGAAGUUUGCGGAUUGCGCGUAUUUUACCAAAAAGUGAAUGUAUGAUAAAUGUUUUGUGAGUGAGAAAAAAAGAAUUUGUUUAACCACGCAUGGAUAUAAAUAAAUUUUGUUCUUUCCAAUGUAGUUGGAUAGAUAGCUGAAUAAUAUUAUAUGGCAGAAACCAAAGUAACAAUAACGAAUAUACUACUAGGUAAUUAGAAGUGUAACUUCGAUUCAUAUUCAGCUACAGGUAGUUGUGUAAUCUUGUUAUCCUUCAUUGUAAAACGAGACGAAUACAUUGGAAAUAACAAAUUGAUAGUGCUAUCACCAAAUCGAGGUAGAUAUAUUUAAUAUUUAGUGUAUAUUGUGUGUAACUACAAUCGAAUGUACUUUACACGUACGUUUUCGUUUGUUAUGUUCUAAUUUUUACUUUUUAUUGUUUAUGAUUUUAGGUAAGUUAGUAGUAAAUUAUUAUUUGUUAUAUACCAUUAAUGGUUAAGUAAAAGUGCAAUAUCAGUUGG